CUUCGAAAGCGUACGGUUGGUUGUGGAGUGAACGUUCUAGGGAGUGUCUAGUGCAAUAUAAAAACUUUUCACAGCAAUGACGAAACCAGUAAUUGAGUAAUUACAUACAGUUAAAUGUGCCAAAAAGCACCCAAAUAGGUGCAAAAUAAACCAUCAACCUUGAACAAGCAGAGCUGAGGAAGAAGAUUUUCUGAAAAACAGUGCAGUGGAGUUUUUCUCGGCUCGCCACGAAUUAACGGGUGUGUGACUAUCGUACGCAGACAGGAGCAUAACUGUUGCUUCGGUUGGCUGGUGACGGAGACGGUACAGGAAGCCGGCGGUGCUGCUGGUGAUCGCGGUCAUUAGGCGCUUUUUCGGAUCUUCGACCGUAAAUGAAUAAUUAGCGGGAAAGAUGAGGCGUCCCGUCGAUUUCAAUUUAAUCAUCCGAAUAUGGCUAGUGUUAAUUAGUAUCAAGUAUAGUCAGAGUGAGAAUGCUGAACCUAGAGCAUUAGAUUUAUCAGUUCCAUGGAGACCCAUCCCGUACCACGUGCCUCAGCAGCAGCUGAUUAGUGUAGCCAGUUUUGAUACUACCAGUAAGGACGAACUAGUUCAUAUAGCGCAGCACAAUGCGCAAAUUCUGAAGCAUUUCAACCAGCCCAUCACACAGUACCAGAAUCAGAACACCUUUCAGGUACAAUCGGUUAGCCAACAGCAGCAGCAACAGCAACCGCAACGUGGGCACACUCUUGGUCCAAAGUACAUGACCACUCCGCUACUGCUGACUAAUGUGAGCCCCGCCAUCCAGACCACCGCUCGGCAUGCAAAGCCGUACGGAAAAUCGGACCAAAUCACCACGCUGAACAUUGUGCACCCAUCAACACCGAAAAUCGUAACCCAGAUCUCUCAUCUCGCUCCGGUUGGAACAAAAUCCGGCAAAUUCAAUGCCCAGUUCAGAGAGCCUGUUCACAAUUCACCACCAGGGAUUCAUCAAAAAUCCACCUUGAAACCACACCCGGUUAUGAACAAACUUCAAACACACAUGGCGGUUGCCUACAGACAGAAACAACCCGUAGCUGCCACCUCGAAUCGCUUGGAGCAUUUUGUCUCGCCGAAUCAGCUGUACGGUACCUACAUCCAAUUCGGACAGGCUUCUAGCCCCCUGCAGACAGCAAAAACUAAAUUUAUCAGCCAACUCGCCAGCCAUCCUAGCUUUGAUGCUCAGCUCAAAGGUUUGCUGCAUGCUGGCGUUGGAGCUGGUUAUCCGCAAACAUUUUCGCAUAUGAAAAAUUUCCAAAAGAUGAAUUACCUACAGCAGUCGAACAAACUUCCAUCGUACUACAAUCAUAUUUCGGCAGAGGCAGAUCUUCCCAAGAAAUCGCUUUCUUCUGGGGAAAAAGACUACAAUCCGACCACCACAUCCAGUCCGCUUUUCCCGCAUAUUCCUCCGAGUGUCCUUACCCCUUUCUUCCAACAGGUACAGCAGCAGCAGCAACAGAAUAAAUACAGUUUUAGUUUGAAAACACAGCAUCCUGCUCCGCCCGCCGCAUCACCAACUCCUACAAAUUUCGCCUUUAAAGAGAAACCACACAAAAUGCAGCAUCCUCAUUUCCAAUUCGAAACUCAUCAUGUUCAUCCUACCCAAUUUGGUUCCUUCAAAGAACAUCAUGGAGGAGACUCUUUUGGUUUCACUUCAUACCAAAGCCACCAACAGCCACCAAUCGAUCACCAACCUCAUGAAGUAGCUAAAUUCAAAGAAGUUAAACAUCACAACGGAUUCAAUGAAAUUCAUGAUGAAUAUAGUAAAAAUCUAGUCCCCCCGCCACCAAGCACUCAGCAAGCGUUCCUACCAACAAUCCAGCACCAUUCAGAACCAAGUAAAGACCCAAUAGAAAUUCUGAACAAAUAUAACAUAAACCCACAUUCACCCCUGCAAGAUGCCAAUCGUUUUGCGUAUGAAUCGUUUGUAAAACAAGGCUCGUCCUCUCACGUUCAGACUUCUACUCCAAGUUCGGUAUCAACAACCAUUUCUUCCACUUCCUCUUACUAUCCAUCGACGACGACACCUCGCCAACCAUAUUAUUCUCAUUCGAUUACUUUCGGUGGUGAUCACAACAACUACAACAGUCCCGUUCUGGUCACGCCCAUCAACGACAACUGGAUUGGUCGUGACAAAAUUAUAACAACUGAAAAGCCCAACAUUUUCAAACACCUUUUCCGUUCAACUGAAAGCGAAUACAAACAGCACAAGCUGAUGCAUCCGGGUUAUACAGGAUUACCGCCGAACAAACGGCCAUCAACAACCACUCCGGGAACGGUAUCCGAUGCCUCAACGGAAGAACCUCUAAUUACCCACAGCUUCUUCACGAUCGAAGAUGCAAUAUCUGAUCCCACAUUAAUUCCACCUGGAAGUCGCAAUAAGUACAAGUACACCACCGAGGCAGAAGAAAAUCUAUUGGACGAAGGGCAUCCGGAAAUUGUUACUUUCGGACCGUAUCUGGAUUCACAGGAGCAAGGCACUACCACGAUUUAUCCAAUGUUCAAAUCUAAAGGCCGAAGACGUCGCCCUAAACCACAGCAGAGUACCGAGUUUUCAGCAGAAGCGGACAGCACAGAGAAUCCAAAUAAAACUCGCGUUCGAGCCCGUCUACGACCGACCACCGAAGCGGAAAAUGAAACCAAAACUACUCCGUCACCGCCCACGACUCCCUUCCUCGCCGAAGAAAGCUCAAUUCGCAAACAGCGAAAGAAGUUGCCAGCUAAUUUCAGCCGUAACCGAUUCAGUCCAAGCGGCAACCGUGACGAGCAAGAUCAAGAUCGACCUACGGGGGAUCAGCAGGAUGUCUUCACUCAAGCACCACCGAUAACCACGACGGCGUCCAACUCGUUCUUUAUCUUCAAUGGCAAUGACAAUAAUCAGUUUGCUAUUGGAGGCAAUGGUUUUCGGUCACGCUUUAGACCAACCGGUGGGGACCGAGCAACCAGUGCGGAACCGAAACCCAUUCGUCAGAAAACUAAGCUCAACGAUGAAUUGGACGAUCUGUUUAAAUCGAGUGAGAUUACCAGAGACAGUGACGGGUCACGACUUAAUUUCAAGCUCCCUAAUACCAAGCCCAGCUUACGGUUACCAUCGGUUUCUUAUGGCUCCAGUACAACAACGACUUCUGUUAGUUUAACGUCGGCCGAAAGCAGCUCAGAAAUUAACAGAACUCGUGGUGAACUCAAUCGUCCCCGUUUUAGCAUUAAGGAGUACCGCAGUAAGCUGAAUCGAACGACAACAACUACACCUUUCGGUACAGCGGACCUAGAACUGACCACACAGGCAGCAACGAAAUUGCGUUUCCCCACCAGAAAUCGGUUUCUGUUAAACACUCGUCCGAAUAAAACAGCUGAAUCUAACGAAGUGCUUUUGCUUAGUUCUAGCACUACCGAAAAGUCGACCGCUGCCAAUGAGUCCACAACUACGACGAGAACCUCGUUCCGACCGACCGGAACACGAAGCUACAACAAUCGCUUCACGGUUAAGAAAGCCACCUCGGACAUGCCACCGCAGAUACUGUCUUCAACAACCAGCAGAAUAAUCAACCGUGGACGGAUCCGACAGCAGGACACCACAACACAAUCGUCACUCAGCCGAACUGCCAUCCCAUCCAGUCUGAAUACCAAUACACUAGCAAACCGACGGCCAGCCAAAAUCAGCCUACGACAGCGCAUUCAGAACUACAACCGCAAAAAAGAGCCCGAUAACACGCAGAAGGACCCGGAACAGGAGAACAAUAGCCUGCUGGCUACCUCGGACGAAACCAAAACGGCGAUCGACGAUCUGAGCAGUUUGGGUACGGUGGACACGCAACAACGCUACGAGGACAGUGUCCCGGCAUCCUCAUCGUCCACCACCACGACCGAGAUAUACCGACAUCCGGAGACGGCGAUUAUGAAAAUAUCUCCAAAAGAUUCUGCGUCCAACUCGUUUACCGACGGGGACUGGGACCUGAAUAGUGCUUCGUCUGAUUAUUCGAAAAGGGUGGUCGAAUUGACGCUGUCUGCCAGCAAGGAAAAGGGCUUCAAAUCGGUCAAUAAGGGCUUGCUGUCUAGGCGGGUUCCCGGAUAUUUUACCCUAGCAACUGAAGACCCGAUUCUGCCGAUAGAGGCUUUCUUUCCACAGGUGAAGAAAGUCAAUGCGUGAUUUUUUUCUCGAGACGCCGAAAGAUGCGAACACGUCGCUGCGAUUGAGUGCUGAAUGAAUGAAAGGUGUACUGUGAACGAUUUGUGUUGAGUUGAAUUAUCUGUGCCGUUAUGUAUGAGUGCGGAAAUAGACGUUAUUUCAGAGCAUUAUGUAAAUGCUGCGCACGAGGAAAUUGAUGUCAUUGUGCAGUUUGAUGCCCAAUGGAUGGUAGCGUCAAGAUGAACAAAAAAUAAUGAUGACGACGAACACGAUUAGAAAACAUUAGCCUCGUUUGCAAUAAAUGGAACUGAAGCGGAGCGAAAUUUGGAUUGAAUGAUAAUUUUUUUGUCUGACUUUUGUCAGAAUUACAUAUUAUCAAUACAACGCGCAGCAAUAGAAUUCUUAUUGUGUCUGUAUUUUCUGUAUGUAUGCUAGGGUUUUUACUUUUAUUGUGCAUUAUUACCAGUUCACUGUACGUAACUGUACUAAAGAGUUGAAAAACUGUCUCAUAAGAUCGAAGUGAAUUUCAAUGCAUAUUUUUUAGCCAGAGACCGGACGAAAGCUAUUUAUUCUAGUGAACGAGAGUACCUUAGGGCAGUGUAACUUGGAUUAAGUGCGGUGCAUACUAAGCAUGACAGAGACAUAUCGUGCUGUUGUAUGGCAUCUGUAAAUUUCAAUCAGUUGAAUUAUUAGGAGUUGUAUCUACAUUAUACGGUAGCGACACGUUCAGUAAUAGUCCGAUACGAAAUUAGAUUUAGGAGACUAAAAUAAAUAUA